GGCGUGGCCAGCGGCUGUUAUUGUUGUUGCCGCCACUGUCGGUGAGAACGACUCCGAAAACUCGUGGCCAUUGGCGACUGUUAUCGUCACUGUUAAUGGUCACCGCCGCCGCCGUUUACUAAUCGAGGGUGACUAGGAGCGCGGCGCCAUGAUGUCGCGCUACGAGGAGGAGGAGGAGGCCGACGAGCGUGAGCGGCUCCUAUCCUCGCCGCGUCGCGGCUGGACUCGCACCCUCUGGGCGGACGAGACGGGCCCCGGUGUGGGCGUCUCGCCCGGGCCCCGCGCCCGUUCCCCGUGCCGCUGGCUCGUCCUCGCCACCCUGGCCGCCUUCGCCUUCAUGCAGGGCCUGGCACGGAACGCGUGGCUGCCCGUGCAGGACACGGCCCAAGCCGCGGGGCUGUUCAAUGACACGGACGUGGCGCUGCUCGCCAACUGGGGAGCGCUCGGAUUUUCGGCCUUCCCCUUCCUCGCGGCUCUGCUGGACAAGCGCGGCCUUCGAGUGUCGCUGUUGGCCUCGCUGUUUCUGCUGACGACAGGAUGCGGCCUCCGCUGCAUUCCGACUGACAUGAACGACGUCCGCAGAUGGCUGAUUCACUCGGGACAACUGGUUAUAGGGAUGGCUGGCCCCGUGGCACUGGCUGCUGGCCCAUACCUUUCGACUGCCUGGUUUCCACAGGAUGAGCGCACCACAGGGACGGCAGUGGGGGUACUGACCAGUUACCUGGGGGGUGCCUGUGCCUUCCUCCUGGAGCCCUUGCUUGUCCACAUGGGAUCUGCCCCACACCCCCAUGGCAUCGAUGGCCAAAUGAGGCCUCCCACUCUGGGAACCCCGUCAGAGGCCCUACACAGAAUUCAGCUGUUGCUCUAUGCUGAGCUAGUCGUGGUGAUGGCACUGUUCUUGGUUGUGGUUUUAUACUUCCCUGCUCAUCCACCUGUUCCACCCAGCAUCUCCUCUGCCACCCCUCGGCUGGGCUACUGUGAGGCAAUUUGCCGCCUGCUCACAAGGCCAUGGAGCUGGGUGGCGAUUUUGCUGUACGCUGUGCCCCUGGCAGUCAGCAUAGCCUGGCUGAAGCAACUGAACUACUUCCUUCCCCAUGAUAAGGUCUCAACGACGGAUGCAGGUUGGGCCAGUUUAGCUGCCGUUGUGGCCGGUUGUGCAGGCUCCCUGGUCGUCGCGAGAUUUGCCGAUUACUUCACGGGACAACUCAAGGUCAUUGUGCUGACCCUCCUGGCGGGAGCCAGCAUCGUGUCUGUGUGGUUCACACUCAGCUGCCUCGGCCUCGUCCCCUUUCUCCACUUUUACAAAGGGAACCUGCUGGGCACAUGUGUGCUGUUCGGGGCGUGCCUGGUGAGUGCCGUGCCAUUGCUGCUGGAGCUGGUGGUUGAGGCCACCUUCCCCGUGCCUGAGGGACUCAGCUGUGGCCUUGCCGCCUUCAUCAGCGUCGUGGCGGUCGGUGUCCCGCUCAACGUCCUCAUAUCGCACUUCGCCGAGGUCACGUGGCUGAGUUGGUGCUUGGCGGGAUCGUGCGCGUGCGGCGUGCUGGGGAUUCUGUUGCUGCCCGAAACCUACAACCGUCUCCACCUCGACGUGUUCCUGUCUGUGUGACGUGUCGCACAGACGAUCCUGUCGUGUUGCCUCCACUAACCCUUAAAACCUUAAGGAAGUGGGCACUGCUGGCUAAACUUGCACAGAAAUUGUAGCGUGGAACGAACGGCUUCCCUGACCUUCACUUGCAACAGACAAAGUAAUACACAAGCCUGUACCCCAAAAUCCUGUAGACGUGAGUAUUGUGGUGAUGGUUACAUGGAGCAGGUGCCCGUUUGUUAUUUAGAAGCAGUUGCAUUUAAGAACAAGUGUUACAUGUUUUUACAUAUUUGUAUAUACGAUUAGAUUUUUUAUUGUGAGUUUUCGUUGGUUUGCCUUGACCGUGUUCUCCCCACUUUGGAUGACUAUUCCUUGAAAUUUAUUUGAAAGAAUUCUCACGAAGACUACAUGUUGCUAAAAUAAUUGUUCAAAUCUAAUUUAUUUUGCCUUGUGGAAUGACUUCUUUUCCAGAAGGGAUUGUGCCCGAAAUGUCUCAAACGUUUUUGUAUUGUUAAGUACUGGUGCAAUGAAGUAUUUUUUUUAAAUCCUCAUUUCACAAACUUCAUGUUGGCAUAUUAUCUUUUUUUUAGUCGGGAAGUACAUUAGCUAAUAUGUGGAUUAUGAAUGGCAUGCUUGCGGGUGAGCACCUAUGGACUGGCUUUGAAUGCACUUUACUAUUCUAUUUUUCAGUCCUUUGGAAAGGCUGGAAUAUUUGGUUAUUUAUGUAUAGAUUUUACUCGUGUUAAAUAAAGUCUCGUAUUGGAUGGGCCUCAGUUUGAUGCUGUAAAUGCAAGGAAACUGCUGUGCACAUGGAGCAUGUGGCUGAAUUAUGGACAGGGCAGUUGAUGGGGUAAGCGCUCAUGAUUUAUUGCCAAAAGUUUAUCCAACUCGGCUUGUGUGGCAUUGGCUUUUCAGAUGUGCCAUGAAUGCAAAUAGCAACAAUUGUGAACUCAUUCCUAAUACCCAGCCUAAUGUGUGCCUUGUUUUUCCUUUUCUUACAUUGUCAGUUUGUACAUUAACUUGUUUACUUUAAGGAGAUGACCAGGGUAUUUUGUCUCGUGACUCCAAUUGUUCUAGUUUUUUUCACUCUGGGUGAACAUGUCAAGGUGUUGUGUUUAGAAGGAGUGGUGUUAGUUAAGUAAUGUAGGUGGUUUAAAAUGGUAACUUCUGACCCAUGGCUCUGCAUAAAAGGCAGCAUCUUGAAUGCAUGACUCGCUUCAAUAGAAGCUUCAUUUGAAAUCUCCAGAGGAUGUGCUUGUGGCACCACAGAUAAUACUUGUUCAGUAAAGAAAACUCUUCCAAUGCUAAACGUGACUCACCUGAGGCUUUUAUGAACAUAAAAUGCACGAUCCUAACAUGUUAAUUAUGUACAUCUAUAAGGAUAUCUGUAUAUUUUGGUUCCAAAUGUGGGUGUUGUGCUUUAUGUCGCACAAGCAUUCUGGUGAAUGCAUAAUUGACCAAAUAAAAUUGGUGUCUGAGAGAUGUGUAAACAUCAACUCAGAAACGUGGAUAAAGAUCUGAAUGAUUCCAUCAGGUGAGUGGUCGUCUUUUCCAUAGACAUUGGUGGCCAAUUGACACUAUGACGGACACUUUGCAAUCACUGUAUUUAAUGUACUGUUGGGUAAUCUUGUGUAUUGUACAAAAUUAAAACAUUUACAUUUGUCAUUUUCUUCACUUUCUACAAAGCCAAACAUGGAGGUGCUGUGCAGCAGAUGUUUGUAAAUAACUUUAAUACCCACUAUGUACUGCUUGGUGCACUUGAUGGAAUAAAUUAUCACCUUGUGA